GAAGGAACAAAGACUUACCUGUAAAAAAAUUGCCCCCUUAUCAGUUUCUUCAUCAUUUGUGCCCAACCUGUUCGUAGAUCCCCAGAAAAAUUUCUUUUCUUUGAUUUUAAUUCCUCUUGGAGCACAAAAUCACAGAUUUAGGAAGAAUUAAUUAGAGUUGAUAUGAAAUUAGGGUUGGAUAUUGUCUUCGAGCUCGCCUGCGCCACGCACGUUCGACCUCGCCUGUAGGGCCUCGCCCUCGCCUGUGUCGACUCGCCAGAAGCUCGUCGCCUCGCCUGCGCCGUCGACUGGGCCUCGCCUGAAGUCGCUCAAGCUCGCCGAGGUUUGGAUCUACACCCUGUUUCCAACAAUCACUUCAGCUUAGGAGCAAGGAUUUGAAUUUCACGGUCUUCUCUGAAAUGGCCGACGAUGAGAAAGAGGAAGAGGUCAUUCCACCUCGUGGAGUUGACUGGGAGGUUGUAUCUCUUACAGCAUCAGCAUAUGCUGCUGCUCCCUACCCAAAGGAUUUUGACCCAAAUGACGAAGUUGGAAGCAAGCAGGAGUCUUCUAGUCCAAUGUUCAUGUCUGGCCACUUUGUUUUUCCACCAAGCGAGCAUGAAAAUCUUCCAAUAGAACCCGAGAUACAAAACAUAUCUGAGGGUGAUACUGUAAUUUCUGCUGAGGAGGAAGGCGAGGAUGACAAACAGAAUAUGCUUGAUGACGACUCACAAGGGCCCAAACAUUUUGACGAUGGAACUGCUGUUUCUGCUCGCAGUUUGGAGUUUGAAGAGGUAAAAGAGUUGCUAAGCAUGGAGACUGCAAAUCCUGGCGACUCUCCUAAUCAGGACCUUAACUCCCCUCGUAAAUUUGAAAAGUUAAGUGAUGCUGACAGUUAUGAUGCCUCUGGUCAUCCUUGUUGGGCAUGGUGGAAGAAAAAUGCAUCAUCAUUAUAUCACCAUGCAAAGGAAGCUAACACAUUCUGGUCUAUCUUUGUGGCUGCUGCUCUGACAGGACUUGUCAUUUUGGGGAAGCGGUGGCACCGAGAUAAAUGCCACGCUCAGGAACUUAGGCAUCACCUUAACAUCAACAAUGAGAAGACGAAAGGUGCAAUGGCGCCCCUAGGACGGCUCAAAAAUAUCAUCAUCAGCAGCCGUUGAAUUGGUGAUAAUGAUGAAGAUGAUGACGAUAAUGAUGAAGAUGCUUAUGGCAGCUAUCACAGAAUUUAAUUGAGAGAAGCUGGUUGGCGGUGUUAAACUUUUAUAAGCGUAUCCCUUGUGAUAUGGAGCGUUUGAGAAACUUACAAACUCUUGGUUGAGACCUACUUUCAUGUUAUAUUGUAUAUCUAGUUUACCGCUGGAACUUGAUUAUAAUAAUGUUCGAGCCUAAAAUGUUGAGAAAAGAUUGGAGUCACGUUUGAUGUGGUAAAGUUUUAUGUGGCUUUCACAUUGAUUGUGAGUGAAUAAGGUGUUUUCCACUUGUAAACUAUGUUGCUUUUUAGAAAAGCUUUCAUGGGGCAGCAAA